CCAAAUCAGAGAUUUUCAAAACACGACACGAGCCCGCUCCCGGCGGCGAUGCCGGUGAUGCGGCAGCGGCGGCGCUGAGCCCGCCUGCCGCCGUGGGAGCAGAUCCUGCAGAGGCGGCCGAGCGAUGCCCGCGACCUCAGCUGCCUGCAGGCUGAAGCGGGAGAACUGCCCCCAAACCAAGCACGACUCCCUCUUCUCUCCAUGGAAGGUUCUUGUCGGGCCAUCGGACUGGGAGGACCACUCCUCCGGUAAGGAGGGGGUGCAGAGGUACCGCAUCCGUAACCUCCCCGACAACUUCCCGGGUCUCUACGAGCUGGGCGUCGCCGGCGCGUCCGACGAGGGCGUCAGGGUCCGGAGGCGUGAUUCGGGGGGCGUCGUGGUGGUGUACCUCGGGCAGGCCGAUAAUGUCAGGGCGAGGCUACAACAGUAUGGCCGCACGGGGUCGCAUCUGGACGUUGGGAAUUCGUUAGGCUCUGCUGGUAAGGCUGAGAUUAUUGCGCUUGCGGCAAGGCCUGGAUUGUUCAGAGAAGUGUUCUCCAAAGGCUACUCCGUGGUGUUUCGAUGUGCGCUGAUGGAUAAUAAACAAGAAGCUGAGAAGACUGAGGCUCAGCUCUUGAGAGUAUUUGAUUAUGCAUGGAACAAGCUUCAGAAUGGUGCUUGUCGCCGUGAAGAAAUACUGCUCAAGUUAGAACAGGGAGCAUUCAGCCAUAGAUCAUCGCUACUUAGCAGAGUGCGUUACAUGAAACAAAAAGUAUUUGGAGAGAAAGCAGGUAUAAAGAUAAAACGAAGUGAGUCUGUUGACACCUCGUCUGGUAUUAUGAGAACUAUGCUCCCGAGAGUUCGUACAUUUGUUCGCUGCAGACUUCAGUUAGUUAACUCUUACAACGGUGGAGAUGAGGCAAUUGAUAUUCCCUGGAAGAAAACAUUUGAGGGUAAUACCUGUGAUAAUAGACAAGCACAUAGAAGGAGGCCUGAAGGAUACAAAGUAAAAAAGAUCGAUGAUGCCAAACGGAGAACUGUGCUCACACAAGAUUCUAACUCUGUUUGUGGAGUGGUACUGGAAGAUGGUUCGUCUUGUCUUGAGCACCCAGUUCUAGCGAGGAAGAGGUGCAGCUUACACAAAGGUAGAAGAGUCAAAGGCUCAUCUUGUAGCUAUCCUUGCCAAAUUGAGAUUCCAAAUACCGAAUCUCUACCUCGACUAACACAAAAAUUGAACAACUCAGAUCAAGCACAUGCAAAUGAACUCCUGUCCAAAAAUUUAGCUACAGCUAUGAAGGAACCGUUAAGUCAAAGCAGUAGCUUUGAAGCAAAGGAGGUGAAAACUGGAGAAGCUCCUAUAGAAGAUCACACCUCUAGGGAUGCUGGUAUCUGCGAAGAGAAGACUCAUCAUGCUGGAUGUGAGUCCCCGGAGCAGCAGCCUUCUGGAAGAAUGUGGUUUGACUUUCUCAAAGCACAGAAGAAGUCUGCCGGCACUCUCUCAUCGAGAGGCCUGGGAUGUCAGACAAGAGUAACAGAUGACGUAGCGCCUAUCUGCAGAGCACUGACAGAUAUUGGGUCCUGCAAAAUGGUGCCAGUUGCAGGAAGAAAAGGAUGUGAGAAGCACAGUGGAAUGAAGAUCACUGGAGCUUCGUUUUCCAGAAGCUCAGGAUGGCCGUGUACGUGUGGUGCCCGUACCUCAGAUGGUUCACCUUGUAUGAAUCAGCCAGUUGAAGGGAGGAAGAGAUGUACAUUGCACAAAGGGCAAAGAGCAUCAUGCCCCCCUACCUCAUCGGCCGAAUAGACAGGACGGUUUCUUUCAUUCCGUGGUUGUUUUCGCACUUCAGUUAGAAAAUUGGAACACAGAAAGCUGGAUUUUUCCCAAUGUUGAAGUUGAUUUUUUCCUCCAAUGUUGAUUCAUCAUUCAUAUUUCUUGUGAACCAAAACCUACAGAUGUUGUAAACUGUAUUUGAUGGAUAUAUAGAGAACUGAAGAAUGAAUCCUUACCCUGAACAUUUUUCAUCUGAUGGGCUUUCGAAGUACUUGUGGAGCAUAAAAAUUCCUGCAUUUCCUCCGUCAAUGAAUUU